AUUGGCUGUUUAUUACUUUGAAACAUGUAUGAAGUUUUAAACGUUGGCUAAUUGCUCUACUACUUCUGACAAGUUGCAUUAAUUAUAGAGCUUGAAAAAGAACACAAAUUUUCUUUGAAGUAUAUUGCCUAACUGGUUCAUUCAGAAUAGACUUACUAACUUUAUUUGUUUUUCUUAUCUUUAUAUGUGGCAUGAAGCUAAUGACAUAUUUGAAUGGUUUGAUAUGAUCUAGUAUUAUGUGAUAGAGCUAGGAUUAGAUAGAUGGUUAUUAUUAUUAACAGAUAAUGGAAUAUUUUGCUUUCAUGGUCAGCUAGCAGAACUCUUCUACAGUUAGCAACUUAGCAUGAAUUACAGUGUGAAGAACGCAAGUUGUAAAGAAUUCUGAGUGUGGUGAUAACUAAAAUUUAUGAUAUAAAAAUUUUAAAGGGGGAAAACUCCAUUGAUACCCAUUUGAGAGAGCACAAAAGUGUGUGUUUCUGGCCUGACAAAGGUCACAAUAUUAUUAUAUUAUUAUCAUGAGAAAGCACAAGUGUUCACCCCAUAGGGAUAUAGCUCAAAUGAUCAUGUGGUCAAGUCUAUUGAAAAAAAAAGUAUAAAAAACUUUUGAGAAUCUAAGAAGAAGAUGAAGAAGAAAAGAGUUUAUUUUACAAGUUUUUUUUUUUGUACUGAAAUAAACUUCUGUCUUGUGUUUGUGCUUUUGUGUUAUGGCUAAGAUUGAGUAAAAACUUACUCAUCCCAAAAUGCUGUCAUCACUUGACACGUAGAAAACUUAGAAAGAAACCACGUAAGGCUCAUAAAGAUAGACAUUGAUUAUCUAUAAGAUCACUUUGACUACUGUAGUGUCACCCACUUUAUUUUUCAAACAUUAUCACAUCAAUGGCGGAUUACUAUCAACCACGAGAGUUGUCAUCAGCCUUCUAUGGCGAUGGAAGUAGUAGUGGUAAACAGCAGCACCAAAUACCCCUCACAACAAUGGUGUUAACUUCUCUAGCCAGCUUAGUGUUUGGAGGGCCUCUUUUGGCAAUGGCAGGGUUCAGUUUCAUGGCAUCAGUGGCAAUUUUCCUUGUGAGCUCACCUCUACUUGUGUUGAUAUUCAGCCCUUUGCUGUUAGGCGCUGGUGCAGUGUUGGUAGCAGCCAUGGCCGGCUUUGGCGCGGCUGCUGUCAUAGGGCUCGGCGCCUUGUCUACUGUCCGGUGGAUUUAUAAGGGAACUCGUGGCCGGGAUACGGCGGAGAGGGUGGGGGAACAUGGUAAGCAGAUGAUGAUAGGGUUGGAGAAUCUUUAACAUGUUACGUGACUGUAUGUGCAUGCAAUUACAUGCAUCUCUCUGUGUUAUGGCUAAGUCCUAAUAAGUAAUUUACAGAAUAAUAAAGAGAGCAUAUAUGUAUAUAUGUAUAUAUGUGUUAUGAUGUUAAUGUUUCAUGACUUUUAAAUCUCAGAUUUUUUAUGGA